AUGUGUGGCCCAGCUACCCACAUGCGGAAGAUGAUCAUGACUAAGAUAACUUUAUCUGUUGCUGCUAGGUCAGCAGCGAGGCUGAGAUUUGGCAGUUUCGGGGCGCAUCUAUCAGCAGCAGUCAAAACCAUGUCUGAUCAGAUAACAAUUGAAAACUGUUAUGAAUAUCUGGUCUCAGCAAAAAAGGAAAAGCUAAAUGACUUACGGGAGAAGGCAUACAAAUUUAUGAGUGACAAUUUUUUGCAAGUGUUGCGGGAUUCAAGUGUGUACGGGCGCUUGACGAGAACAGAGAGGGAACUGAUUCUCACAUUGCGCAUGGAAGGGAAAGAAUCUUUAAUGGUUGCCGAAAUAAACGAAGUGUUUGAUCGAGUCGGAAGCAGACCACCAAGUAGAGAGCGCAGCCGCUCACAGAGCCAAUCAUCUAUAGGCUCAUCUAUAGGGUCGAUCGAUGAGAAUUAUAUGAUAUAUUAUUACAGCGAGAGGGCUAAGCAAUGGAAAAGUUUAACCAGAAUUCCGGAUGAGAUUAACACAAAAGGUUGUGGGAUGUGCACUAUGUACAACUACCUGUUCGUAGCAGGUGGCAUUAGAGGACAAGGUGACAGAAACAAGCUCUCAGACAAAGUGUUCUGUUAUAAUCCAGUCACUGAUUCGUGGAGCGAAAUCAGACCGCUAAACCAGCCGAGGUCCCAGCUAAAACUGGUUUCAAUGGACGGCUACCUUUACGCAAUUGGCGGAGAAUGCCUUUUCACAGUGGAGAGAUACGACCCUCGGGCGGAUAGGUGGAGUCCCGUUGCCCCGCUACCCAAAGGAGCGUUUGCGGUGGCGCACGAAGCGACAACCUGUAACGGCGAGUUGUACGUUUCUGGCGGAUCUUUGUUUUACCGCCUGCUCAAAUACGACCCCAAACAAGAUGACUGGGAGGAGUGCCCCUACAACAACAGCAGGAAGAGGUCUGCAGACAUGGUGGCUUUUAAACACUUCAUUUACAGGUUCGACGUUAUCCGCGAGCAGGGCAUGAGCGUGUUUAAAUAUAACACGGUGGUAAAAAUGUGGCACCAGUGCGCUUCCUUUCCCCAAACGAUCCCCGCCUCAUUUAGGUGCGCCGUCAAAGGCAGUCGGGUUUUCUGCGUGAACAAACACCAGACGCUGCAGUUUAUUGUGGGGGAGGACAACGAGCGUUUCGCGGAGACGACCCUGGGAGCGCCGCUGGAGUCCAAAGGCGUCCUCCUUCCAUUUACUCUACAGCUGCCAGACAGAGAUUAAUGAUGCACCGUCACACCAUAGGCUUUGUCGGGAAACGCUGACAGAUUUUGUUACGUGAUGCAGACUAUAGGCUUUAGCCCGUGUCUGUGCUUUUUUGAGCCUGAGCCUUUCAAUGUGCCACAUUUAGGGUCUUUGAGUGUGAGGGAAGAAGAGUAGGUUGAUAAGUAACUACUAGUGAUAUCAGUUUCUUUGCUGCCUUAAAAGUGAAUCAACUUCCUUUUGAGAAACAAAUUCUUCACAAACAACUGCUGACAUAUUGUACAGUGGGGUUUUGAAAUGCGUCGUUGGGAGGGUCUUUGUUGCUAAGAAAUACUGGAUGAGCUUUGUAAAACACUGGAGAAAGGUGAGAGAAAGGUUUUCAUCAAACAGUGUCAUUUGGCAGGCAGUCU